AUGCCUGGGAACAACGAUUUCGUCUCCAAAGUCCACUUCAAAGGCAAGACAGACAGUUUUAUCAUCUUUGUCGAAUCUCCACAAGAUGUGGAACGCUGGAGAGAAGACAAGUCCAUCUCCCUUACCGAAGUUGUCAAAUCUUUCAAAAUCAUGGUAACUCACAAACAUGGAGCACAAGGGCAUCUGGAUGGCGCUUCCAAGGCAUCUUUGGAGAACGAAUUCGGCACCUCAGAAGAGAACGAGGUAAUAAAGACGAUAUUGAUGGAAGGAAAGAUUCAGGAUACACAUCGUCCAGAAAAAUGGGGCACAACGAACGAAACAAUGGGAGCGAAAGUCGCUCACCAUGGCGGCGCACACCCAUUUUGA